AUCAGUUUAGCUUUCAGGGAUCUAUACAAUCACUUUCAUAAUUAAAACAACGUGACAUAAUUAAAGAUGGGGAUGCGCGUGUUACGUUGAGUUAUUUUGAAGGGAAGGCAGAUAAUGAUCCUAUGUUUUAUUCAAAGUUCCAAACCACAGAGGAUGGUAAGCUGAAGCAUUUAUUUUGGGCAGAUGGGCGCAGUAGGUCAGACUUUCAAUGUUUUGGCGAUGUACUUGCUUUUGACACCACUUACAAGAAGAAUAAAUACAACAAGCCGUUGGUUAUUUUUUCUGGUUGUAAUCAUCAUUCGCAAACAACUAUUUUCGGUUGUGCUCUGUUGGGUGAUGAGACCAUUGAGACGUACAAAUGGGUGUUAGAGGCUUUCUUGGACGCGAUGCACAACAAACAUCCCAUAUCAGUUGUCACUGACGGUGAUGGCGCUAUGAGAGACGCCAUAAAACAGGUUUUCCCGAAUGCGUCACAUCGUCUUUGUGCGUGGCACUUGCACAAAAAUGCAUGCGAAAAUGUUAAGAAAUCCGAUUUUUUAACAGACUUCAUGAAAGCCAUGUAUUAUAACUUUUCCCCCGAUGAAUUUGAGGAAUACUGGAAGCAGAUCGUUUCAAAGCAUAACCUUGUAGGAAAUAAGUGGGUGACGAAAACAUAUGAGAUUAAACAUAUGUGGGCCACAGCAUAUUUUCGUGAUAAGUUUUUUGGCCGUAUAAGAACGACGUCUCAAUGUGAAGCGAUUAAUGCCUUAAUCAAGCGUUAUGUCAGGAGAAAAAGUAGCAUUUUUGAGUUCACCCAUUCUUUUGAGCGAGCUGUACGAGAAUAUAGAAACAAUGAGCGGGAGGCUGAUUUUAAUGAUUCAUUUGCAGAGCCUGUGUUGACUACCUCUCUUCAUAAGUUUGAGCAUGAAGCCUCAAAAUUAUACACACUGCAUAUUUUUAAAGAAGUUAGGGAGGAGCUAUUGAUUGCCGGUUCACUUAAUGUUAUUGAGCGAGUUGAAGUUGGAGACAAAUUGUUGUUCAAGAUGAAAAAGUAUUCCAAUCCAGGAAAAGAACACAAUGUUGUCUCUGAUGCAUUGAAGACCAAUCUAUCUUGUGAGUUUCAUCUCUAUGAAUCUCGGGGAAUACCAUGUGCUCACAUAUUUGCGGUCAUGAAAUACGAGUUCAUGGAUUCAAUUCCUAUUAGUUUAGUUUGUAAAAGGUGGACAAAGACAGCUAAGAGCGAGUUAGUUUGCUCGGAUAAUUUGGAUGAAAUUGAUUCAGAUGUCAUGAAAAGUGCCCGGUUUGGUUCGGUAGCUGCUCUGGCGCACAAGCUUUGUGAUAUUGCUUCAAAUAAGAGGGGUCUGUUUCUUAACAUAACGAACGAUCUUUUAAGUCUUAUUCAUAAGUAUGAGACAGUGCCGGAUAAUUGUAGCAAAGAUAAGUCAUGCCUUAAUCACAUUGGAGAUCCGACUAUAGUCAAGACCAAAGGAGCACCAAAAAAGAUAGGGUUUGGUCGAAAAAAUAGACGUUGUAGAAGCUGUAAUAGUUUUGGCCACACAGCGAAAAAUUGUGCAAAGCUUCUUGCUACAUAUGACAAAAAAGGUGGUGAUCAUAACGAGUUAUCAUCUUCAGAGGAAAAAGAUGAAGGGACCCCUGAAGGAAUCUAUGAGGAAGCGCGUCAUGAAAUUAGCAACUCCAUUGUUGUUCCGACUGCAAGUAAGCGAAAGCAAAAGGAGAAACAGCUUGUUAAAAACAAGUUGAGUAAGAAAGCUAAAUGCCCCGCUCCAAUAUAUGAGAAGGAUGAUAAAAUGAAGUUGAAUGAGAAAGAGGGUGGUUCAAAGAUGAUUGAUAAACAAAUGAAGUACUCCACCUCAACUUCGGUGCAGGCUGAGAAUAAGACUCUUAAUGGCGCGGUUCCAAUGACUCCUCGGCAACUUGUGUUUCCCCCGGUACCUGAAUUUUCAAUGAAUUUUAUGACACACAACCAAGAGGUGCCAAUUGUACCUGGAUAUGUUCAGUUCCCUUCAUAUGCUCAACUUCCUCCUGGAUAUGGCCAAUCCUCUUCUUAUGCUCAACUGCCACAUUCAGUAGCUGCACCCCAACCUACUCAGAGUUUAUAUGGUGUGCUUUGGAAUAAUUUGGUUCAUCCAACUGAUUAUCGGAGUUAAAAUGGUGAUAGUGAGCGGAAGUUGAUAGUGAGCAGAAGGUGGAACUGUUGGAAGACAUUACAAAAAUAGUUCCUGGAGUUUAUUUUCCUUUGAAUUUAGAUUGUCAAAGAUGUACAAGAUUUUCCAUUAUUUUGAUGCAUAUACAACAAAAGUUGUAUAAGAUUUUGAACAAGUGGAAUUGGAGUUUGAUUAGAUGGAUUCGUUUUUUUACAAUUGGUGGAUUUGUAAUUUAACAGACCAAUCAAUA